UUUCGCUUUCGAUUCGAAAUCACGUUUCUUUUUCGAGUCCUUAGGUGUGCAGUUUGAUAAAGAAGUAACAUGGAACAGGAACGAAGUGAGCCAGGAAAGGUGAUAGUGGAGCAUUUUAAAGAAUACUUCACUCAAACAUCGAUCCAUGGGUUACAUUUUAUCGUUGAAGAUGAAAGGCAUUGGACGGAAAGAAUAUUUUGGGUGAUAUGCUGCAUUCUCAGUUGGUUUGCUACAAUAAAGCUGGUUUUAUCGUCAAUAGAAGCCUAUCAACAUAACGCGGUUACUUACGUGGUAGAAACGAAUUAUUUGAACUGGAACACAACAUUUCCAGCAGUUUCUGUAUGUGAACUUGAGAAUCAGGAAUCAAUCGCAGAUUAUUCAUCCAAGAUUUACGGUGAAGAUCGCGACUACAACAUAGACGAAGUACUGGAAGAAAUAGCCUUCUUCAAAGGAAGUGGUUAUUUCAUUAAUGAAUUUUGUUUCAAUCCCGGAUCCGAAUGCCCGACUAAAAAUUACAAAGAGAUAUCCGAAGGGAUUCGAAGCCCUUGUGAAAAACUUCUAAACGAAUGUUUUUGGAACAGUAAUAAACCUUUCAAUUGUUGCCAGUAUUUCGAAACUAAAGAGACAGAGUUAGGGACUUGUUACAUAUUGAGUAUGAGUUCAGUUCAAAGGCAUAAAGGUUCGGAUAUCAAUUUAUAUUCUAAUCGUUUCCACGGCAAGGCGAGUAUUCUGAUCAAGACUACAGCUUUGAUACAAGUAUACGUGCAUGCUGAACACGAUAUACCAUUUUACAACUCGAUAACAUCUGAAACUCUAAAAUCAAUCCCGAAUAUUCAUACGAAACAUACGAUGUCAGUUAGAGAUAUUGAAAAUGAACCGGAACUACGAUUGGUUGAGAUCAAUCAACGUAAUUGUCGUUUUCCCGAAGAAAAUUACCUACGAGUUAGCGACAAAUACAGCUACAGCGCUUGUUUAGUCGAUUGCAGGAUGCAGAAUCAAUUAAAGAAAUGCAAUUGCACUUCACAUCUGAUGCCAAAAGCUGAUAAAAGCCUUCAUUGUAAUUUCGAAGGUUUGAACUGUUUGAGCAAAAUGUAUAACGAUUUUGUUGUUUUAAAACCAAAAUGGGAAGAUAAACCGGGCUUGUCUUGCGACUGUCUACCAUCUUGCGAAGAUAUUGAGAUGGAAAUCGUUUCACAAGAAAGUUUCAGUAGGGACGAUGAUGACGAUACUUCCACAAUCGAAUUAGUCAUUGAUCAUUUACCAUCUGAAAAAUUCAAGAGGAACGUGGUAAGAAAACGACAAGAUUUAAUAGUUUACUUCGGCGGAGCCAUAGGUCUAUUUGUAGGAGCCAGCAUUAUCAGUUUGGGCGAAAUAAUGUAUUACUUUUCAUUUGGAGUGUUUCACAAGUACUUGGUGGAUUUGAAUCGAAAGAGUCGAGAUGCUAAACUAAACGAAACCAAGAAGAUAUUCGUGAGACCGUUUCACAGACCGACCAGAUUUUCUCGACACUGGUUGACCAAUAAGAAUUCGUCGCUUUUUAAUCACAAUGUUUAUUCGUAGAAAUGAAAUAGGUAAUAAUAAAAGGAUUUUUUUUUCCUGA